UUUUAGCCCUUUCUCGUAAUAUCCUGCCUCUCCUUUGUAAAUACCAAAUGCCCAACAUAUCUGCUGGCGCCGACCUGGCAAUCGCCACUGGCCCAGUAGACUACUACCAUCCCCCUAGCGAUGCCGACGGGCGGCUCGUAUACUUCACAUACUUUCCAAUAAACACCGCACCAGAAAUUGCCGCUGCCGUCUACCUCCUGACCACCAUCGUACUAGCAAUCCAGACCCACCGGGCGGGUGCCCAGCGUUAGCUCUAUAUACUAUCCGGCACUGCACUAGCCGAAUGUCUCGGCUACGGCUUCCGCACCGCCUGCGUCUACCACACAACAUUCAGCCUGUUCGUAUUAAUGACCCUGUUCCUGCUCCUACCGCCCAACGCCCUGGCCCUGGUGAAUCACAAGACACUGGGCGAGAUCAUCCGCACCUCCAAUGUCGAACCUAGGCGGUUUUGGCUGCGCCCUCAUUUCGUCACCUGGUUCUUUUUCGCCAGCGACCUGUUCUCGAUCGCCAUGCAAGGGACCGGCGGCGGCAUGUCCACCUCGGAGUCCCUGCAGACGCCUGCCAAGGCUAUUGCGCUGAUCGGGCUGUGCGUGCAGCUGGUGUUUUUCGUUUGUUUCUUUUUCAUCGCUGUGUAUGUUUGGUGCCGCACAGAGUACGUUGUCUCUACGGGCAAGCAUGAUAGGGAUGGGGCGGAAGCGAAGACUAAGGUCAUGUAGGUGGUGGUUGGGACCACGGUGGUGCUAUACUUGAGAUCAAUCUACCGCGUUGCCGAGUUUGCCGAUGGGUAUGCGAGCCCGGUGUAUAGGGCAGAAUGGGCAUUCUAUGUGUUCGACACCAUUUUCAUUUUCAUGACCUUUGCUAUUUACUGUCUCUGGUUUAUUGGGCACAAUUUUGUGCGCAACAAGGCCCUAACCGACUCGUCUACCGAACUGGUAGCUGCCGGCCCUGCAUCUAAAC